AUGUCUCGUAGUGAACUCUCUCAGACAGAAGCAUUACUGUCUGAAAGUUCCCUUACGAAAACUUUGGACGAAGAGAUACAAACUUCAUACACCGCAAAUGCCUUGGGUAUUUCGCCACCCUGUACAGUUGUUCAAACACAAGAAGUUUCAUCAACGGAUCAGUCAAUAAAACCAGUGAAUCGACGAACGAAAGCUUCCAGAUGGAGAACAUUUCACAAGGACCCUGUUCAUCUUGAUCCACACAGUAUACCCAAUCCGGCUUCUAGCAAUAAAUCCCUGCGACAGCGUUGGUAUGCGAAAUUCAAACGAGAUUACACGUCGGCCACAAAUGUGUCUCACGUUGAACCGGUAGAGCAUAUGUCAGCGGACCAUCGGCAAAUUUCUCGCAUACGUUCAUUUCGUAAAUUGCAGAGAGGUGUUGUGGUUGUGCACUCUGACACAAACUCACGAAAUUCGGGAGGUUCCGUUUCGAAAAACUAUAGUUUAGAUUCCACCAAGUCAGAUGGUCUAUUGAAUAAAACUAUUUCCUUUGUCGGUGAGUCCGUAGGACCGGAUACUUCGGAGGCACCAUUGGAGCACUAUCUUCCAGCAUUGACACUCACUGUACCGGUAGAGGAUGUCGUCCGAGUGAGUGAUCAGAGCCAGCGAACGAAUACCCAAUGUACGACCUCGAUGGAUCACGAGGAACAAAUGGAACAUUUGUGUGACUAUUGCGCUCUUUCUCAACCCACUGUCUCCACAGGUCUCUUGGGCUCGCAUAACACACUUAGUCCGUGCGUUUUUCGCCGUCACAGCCAUUGUGGUUGUUCGGGUUCGGACGGAAGCGGCGAACCAAACGCUGGAUCUGAACAAGGGAAAGAUGUAUGCCCCGGGAAUAGCGAAACACUAACUCCUCGGUGUCCACGUUGUCAACGACAAACACAACACGCGCAUGCUUAUGUGUCUCGCAAUAUCUAUCCCCCUACCAGAAACAGGAAUGCCUCUUGCUCCGGAAUAGAUAUGCUAGCUGAUGCAAUUUUGCAAACACAUUCGAGAGCUAAAGGCAGCAGCGUGGAAUCCAAAACUACGAGUCGUGACCUGUUCAAUUUGAAUCGGCUGCGAAUCAUUCGGAGAGGAGAGGGCAAACAUCUACGCAAUUCUCUGGGGGAAAAAUUCAAACCAUUCCCAAAUGAGCCGUGUUCAGCGGAAACGACAUCGCACGUUAGCAACAUCAGACCGCCAAUGCUAGUGACCCCAUCGGUGGAAGCUGAAGAACCCAUCCCAUGUAAAGACAUACAAUUCAACCACAGGAAAGAUAAAAAGUCCGUGGAAGUUCCGACUAGCGUGAAUUCUGUGGACAGUGUCCUUGAUAGAACACCGGGCGAUCAUUCGCAUGGUACGCAUUACCUGAAAACAAAGUCUAUUGAUUCCUGCACAGAGAACUCGCUCAAAGUUCCCACAUUAACACAAAUGUUUCCCAAACGAACCACCACCAUUGAUGACGAAAUUCCACUGGAUUCUCGCAUCCGCCGUGUCUCGAUGAUAUUGCUCAGCCGACAACAUCAGGCUGCACCAGAAAAUGGAACUACCGGAGCGGAACGCAAAGAUACCCCGACGUGUAAUGUGCCGUCCAAAGACGAACAUCAUCCCCUGCUGACUCCACCUACUGUGAAAUCCUCCUCAUCUCGGACUCGAUUUUUGCCACCCAGACAAGAUACAGACAAUUGGUCACUCACAUCAGUCCCACGUAUUGAUUCGCCGAAAACCACAAAACAACAUCCCGCCGUACUGGGCAGCACGAUCAUCCCGCUAACUACAACCUUGGUCCCAACAGGUAAUGCACACACAAUUUCGGUGGGAAGCAGUACCACACCAAACCCAAUUGUGAUUCGGCCGACAAUAAACGGGAAUAAUGAUGAUGAUCGGGUCGGAAAAGAUGUCCAUAUGCGAUAUCGACGUCUACGACGCCCGACAGAACGUUAUUCCAAAGGCAUUGGUUAUCAUUUGGGACGCAGGAGACAUUUGUUGGAGCGAAGAAGACGUAUGGCAGAUUUCUCUCUCGCUUUCGGACUUUUUGGUAUAGUUGCGGCCUUUCUCGAUACGGAAUUAGUGGCCAGAUCACUCUACAGUAAAACCAGUAUUUAUUCCUACGGUAUGCGGUUUCUCAUCAGUCUUUCGACCAUCGUCCUGUUGGCUCUAAUCGUCUCCUACCACGCUUACGAUGUGAUGUCAGCGAAUUUGGCAUCUGAAGCUAGCACUGUGACCGCGUCCAUACCGCGAUAA